AUGGGGGUGGCGGAGACACCGAUUCAGAUCCACAUGGUGCCGACGUCGCCCGCAAGCCUGAAGAUCAAGUCCCAAGCCGGCGCCCAAUGGAUCCCGACGGAGCCGGUCCUGGAUGAGCGCCAGGUCUCGAUUUCAACCGCUGCUUCAGUGUCCAGUGAUGAGGAGGUUGUUGAGGAAGUGGAAGACAAGCAGGCUGAUGCGGAGCCGCGGCGAGCCAUCAAGGUGUCGAAGCGCCGAGCUCUGGCGCUGCAACAAGAGCUCCUCGCCUCCUUCGUGGCGCCGGACUUUCAAAAGGCACUGCACGAACUGGCGAGGAUUCACAAUGACCUCAAGGGCUCCAGCCGCGAGUUCGCAUCGGGCUUUCGGAAGUUGGUCAGGAAGCGACAGGUAGAAGUCAUCCCGAGAUUCGGAUUCGAAGCUUCGGAGGAGGGUGUGGAAGACAUGCUCAGGGUCUUCAAAGACUUCCAUGGUGACCCCGACAUCUACAUCAACGAGGUGGCCAUCAAGGAGGCGCUGUGCUUAGAGGUGGAUCGCUUGCCUUCCAAGCACGACGGCUGCAUCCAUGCCAAGCCAGCCAGCAAGGAGCGCGUGAUGGAGCUCCUCCGCUUGCAGUUGGCAGAAUUCAGCAAGGCGGUGUUCCAGCACAAGCUGCAGGAGCUGAAGUGGGCGGCGAACCGAUCAUCAGGACGCCUGUGGCGAAAUGGUGAGGAUCCGGAAGGGUACUUCCACUUGCCAGGACGGACAGAGCUGGCGCUCCGGGUCCAGAAGAAGAUCCUGCCACGCUUCGGCUUUGCGGCCACCAAGGAGGGAGUCAAGGACAUGGUUUGUCAUUGCGCCAAGUUCCUCUCAGAGCCGGAGGUCGUUGAGCUCUUCGACUGCCUCAAUGCGAAGCUGGGCAUGAGCCCAGACGCCUGCGAGCUCUUCCGGAAGUUUGCAAUUCAGAUGACGCGCAGCCGAGCGCGGGCCGACUGA